CCUCCACGGCUGCCGUAGUUGCGGAAGUGCCAGUUUGUUACACGCCCAUGUAAAGAAGUUCCUCGGUGUUUUUAUAUCAAGAUUUGAAGAGGCAGGAGUCGGACAAACGUCCAUGCGUGUAUAACUUCCCUGGAUGCAUCGUGUAUGAGUUUGUAAAGCGUGAUAAAGGAUGCCAUCCAACGCAGUUUAUUCGCACAGAGACCCUAUGCUGAAGAAGAGGGAUGACUUUGAGGACAUUUUGGAGGAGAGGAGGACCUCCAGCGACCUGAGGUACGCCCUCAGAUGUUACACCCCGGCUCUGUACAAGGGAGAGACGCCGUGUCAAUCCAGCCUGCUGAAGAGCAUGGUGCUGCAGUCUGACCAGCUGCACUACGUCAUCAGUCAGAUUUCCAAAGAGACGGGCAAGGCGACUGAUGACGUCCGGGACGAGGCGUCGGCCAUCCUGGAGGAGAUGGCUCACUCGCUGCAGCUCAGCACCGUUCGCUUCUUUGCCUUCUCGCUCUGCAAAGUCUUUAAAACCUUGUUCAGGAGCAUCUGUGUCAACGAAGAGGGAAUCCAGCGGCUCCAACAGGCCAUUCAGGAGCACCCGGUGGUCCUGCUACCCAGUCACCGUAGUUACAUGGACUUCCUGCUGAUGUCCUACCUCCUGUUCACCUACGACCUGGCGCUGCCUGUCAUCGCUGCCGGCAUGGACUUCAUGGGGAUGAAGGUCAUCGGGGAGAUGCUGCGGAUGUCUGGAGCUUUCUUCAUUCGGAGGUCGUUUGGAGGAGACCAGCUGUACUGGACAGUCUUCUCAGAGUACGUCAGGACCAUGCUCAAGAUUGGAUAUGCUCCAGUUGAAUUUUUCCUGGAGGGGACCAGAAGCAGGACGUCCAAGUCUUUGACUCCAAAGUUGGGUCUGUUGAAUAUCGUCAUGGAUCCGUUCCUGAAGGGGGAAGUGUAUGAUGUCCACGUGGUGCCGGUAAGCAUCAGCUACGAGCGGAUCCUGGAGGAGACGCUUUACGCCAGAGAGCUGCUGGGUAUUCCCAAACCCAAAGAGUCCACCUCAGGUCUGUUCAAAGCCAGAAAGGUCCUGAGUGAAGACUACGGCAGUAUCCAUGUGUACUUCGGUCAACCCGUGUCCGUCAGGAGUUUAGCCGAGGGCAGAGUUAACCGCCGGCAGUUCAACCUGCUACCACGACACAUCUCCAGGAGGCCGGGCGAGGACAUCCACAGCUUUGUGAACGACUCGGCUUACAAGCUGGUGCGGGCCCAGGAGGAGAACAUGGUGCUGAAGCCCUGGGUCCUGCUGGCCUCGCUGCUGCUGCAGAACCACCACCAGGACCAGGAGCAGGACCAGGGGAUGGCGGUGGACCAGCUGACUGCACAGGCCCUCUGGCUGCGGGACGUUUCCAGGCAGUACGGAGCCUUCCUCCACUGGCCCGACCACAUCCCUGCAUCAGAGGUGGUUUCCUCCAGUCUCUCUCUGCAUAGAGGUCUGGUGAGGCUCAGUGAGGGGAGAGUGCAGCUGGCUGUGGAACAAGCAGGAGGACCGGCGGUACCAGGGGAGGCUCCCAGCACCACCUCCCCAGAAGAGGAGCUCCUGAACCAGGCAGUGGUGAUCCUCUCCUGCGCCUCCUACAGGAACCAGGCGCUGCACGUCUUCCUCCGCCCAGCCCUGCUGGCCUCAGCCAUCCACACCGCCUCCUCCACCCUGAAACAGGACGUCUUCAACAGCUUCAGCUUCCUCAGAAACAUUUUCUCCAAUGAGUUCAUCCUCUGUCCUGGAGCCACAGUGCAGGACUUUGAGGAGGCCUGUUUCCUGCUGGGGAAGACUGGAGUGCUGCAGGUGACCCAACAGGAGGUUCUGGUCACAGAAAGCGGACACAGAACUCUGUCCUUCCUCACCAACAUGCUGGAUCCCUUCCUACAGGGAUACCAGGUGGUGUGCAGGUUCCUGUGUGAAGAAGCCACUGAGACUCUGACAGAAAAACAGUUUAUCCCUGCCGUCCGGAAGUUCAUCAUCAAGCAUCUUUUAGCAGGCAGUUUAAGAUACACCGAGGUGUUGUCGUCUGACCUCCAGAAGAACUCUCUGGCAGCUUUGCUCAGACUGGGAGCGGUGCGGAAAAUCAAAGGCGUGGAGCAGGGGACGCUAAAGGUGGACAAGGUGAUGGUGAACUCAUUGGAGGACACUUUAGGAGGAAAACUUCCCACUCAGAAAGCUGUCGCCGCUCGCCUCUAAUUCACCGACCUCGUUAAGCAGAAAGGAGACAGAGGAGAGUCACUUUUUUUUACCUGCAUCGACGGAGUCUCUGCUUUCCUGUGCGUGGUCGGGUUCACUCGCACUACGAAACAAAAGAGUGGAAAAUCUGGUGACAGCUCAAUUUAUUUUGCAAUGUUUUUUAUUCCCCCACCUUCCAUUCACCUCUCUUUCAGUACGCCUUCUUUCUUCCUCUCAGAACUUUCUAUUAAAAAUGUUUUAUACAAAUUUAUAACGCCAGAUGAUGGGUAAGGCCUUCAAAAUAAGGUGCAUCUCUGAGCUCCGAAACACUGACCUUUUGCUACGAGCGGCCUUAUGAAAGCUCCUGAAUAUGCCAAAUCCACUUAGGCUGCUGGACGCUUUCCAUUAAUGUGUUUUAUGUGUUUCCUUUAACAUUCAGCGUGGACUGGUUAUUAUCUGCGUGUCUUCUCUCUGUCGUUCUGAGCACUUUAAUGAAUUUAUUUAUGCACGUUGGUGUGGGCCUUUAUCUAACACUCUUUCGACUCACUUCUUUUUUCUGUUUUCUGUGAAACAGAAGUUGCUCAUAAGAAGAUUCGGCUGGUUAAAUAUUGUAUCUUUUGAUAAAGAAACAUGUUUUCCUGAACUGAACUUGCCACAAACCCAAUGCCUACAUCGACAUUAGCUUGUGGGUGUCAUUUCUGAAUUUAAAACCCACCCUGUGAUCUUUUGCCAACACUCAUUCGUCGUCGUUUACAUAUCGGAGAAAAUGCUACGUGAUUAAUGCGUAGAAUAUUUGCCAACGACAAAGUUUCACUGAACCAGCUACACCAAAGGAACACGUUUCUAUUUCCUGUUUGAUAUCAUUCACAUCUUUUCCCGUAUGCCUAGAAUAGUUAGCCACGUUGCGUUAUUGUUGUGCAUCAGAGUAGUACAAUAAAACAGUUUAUUGUAAAGUUUAUUUAAAUUCAAAGCCAGAAAAACGUGGUAUAGUUUUGUUACAAGGGAAGAAAGAGAAGGCAACAUAAAGGAAGAUAUGAGCGGUAGCUGUUACGGAAAGUAAGAGGGACAAUGCUAAUGAAAUGCUAAUGAAGCAGCAGAGUGAUAGAUCAGGACUUAACGUAAAAGGAUCAAUACAAUUAGAAAACAGCUGAUUUUUUUAGGUCUCAGGUGGAGCUACUUCGCUGAUAUGAUGUUCAUAAGGGUGUCAUUUAUACAAGAACAUUUCCAAUUGGAUUAGUUAAAAAAAUAUGAAAUUUAAAGCUAUUUAUUCGUAGCAAAUUAGCAUUGUUGUAUUUUGUUGAAUCCCAUUGCAGCGCUCGAAGCAGAUUUGUUUUGUUUGUUCUAAAAGCAGGCAGAGCUGGGUGGUGUUUUCAUGUUGUUGUUGAACAAAAAAAAAAACCCAGGUUCUCCGACACUCAACGAAGAAGAGGUUUAAAUUUGGUUCUUCGGCCAUAACGCCCGCCCCUGUAGCACGGCGGGUGUUGAUGGAAAUGUUUUCGAUGCCAAUAUGAAACCUUAGUUGCCUCAACACUUUGAUAACCUUUUGAGGAACAUGUUCCUCUACCCAAAUUCCUCCUUACAGCGUAGCCAGAUCGAUUUCAAAACAUUUAAAUGCCACCUCUAACUUUCAUUGCCAAAUUGUACUUAUUGUAAAACGUCUACACACUGAUGUUUACUCAACCAACAACAACUCUGACACGUCCAAAGUGUAGUCUACAUGUGUUUCUGUUUUUAUUAAACAAGUUUUAUACCGUAUGAUGUAAAAUAUUUCCUAUGUGUGUGUGUGUGUGUGUGUGUGUGUGUGUGUGUGUGCACUUCUAUGUGUAAGUGUGUGCAUUGGGUGAGGCCUUUUAGUACCGACUGUACAGGCUGAUGAAAUCCAAAAGCAUGUUAAUAAAGCGUGUUUUGAAGUACA